UGGUCCACGAGACAGCCAUGGGGCUGCUGAGUGGGGCUGCUGUGGCCGUGGCCGUGGCCGUCUUCGUGCUGCUGGUGGACCUGAUGCAUCGGCGACAGCGCUGGGCUGCUCACUACCCGCCAGGCCCCGUGCCAGUGCCCGGGCUGGGCAACCUGCUGCAGGUGGACUUCUACAACAUGUUGGUGUGCUGCCAAAAGCUGCGGGGCCGUUUUGGGGACGUGUUCAGCCUGCAGCUGGCCUGGAAGCCAGUGGUCGUACUCAACGGGCUGGCGGCUGUGCGAGAGGCGCUGGUAAAGCACAGCGAGGACACCGCUGACCGGCCUCCGAUGCCCAUCUAUGAGCACCUGGGCAUUGGGCAGCGUUUUCAAGGGCUGAUCCUGGCACACUACGGACCCGCCUGGCGUGAGCUGCGCCGCUUCUCCGUGUCCACUCUGCGCAACUUCGGGCUGGGUAAGAAGUCGCUGGAGCAGUGGGUGACCGAGGAGGCCGCCUGCCUCUGUGCCGCCUUUGCCAACCAGGACGGACGCCCCUUUAGCCCCAGUGCCCUCCUGAACAAAGCCAUGUGCAAUGUGAUUGCCUCUCUCAUCUAUGCCCGCCGCUUCGAGUAUGACGACCUGCGCUUGGUCAGGCUGCUGGAGCUGCUGGAAGACAUGUUGAAGGAAGAGUCUGGCAUCUUACCCAAGGUGCUGAACUCGGUCCCCAUCCUCCUGCGCAUCCCCGGCCUUCCAGGCAAGGUCUUUCCCGGACAGAAGGCCUUCAUGGAUCUGCUGGACGAGCUGCUGACUGAGCACAGGAUGACCUGGGACCCAGCCCAGCCACCCAAAGACCUGACUGACACCUUCCUGACCGAGAUGGAGAAGGCCAAGGGGGACCCCGAGAGCAUCUUCAAAAAUGAGAACCUGCGCCUGGUUGUGGCUGACCUGUUCACGGCAGGGAUGGUGACCACUUCGACCACGCUGGCCUGGGCCCUGCUGCUCAUGAUCCUGCACCCGGAUGUGCAGCGCCGUGUCCACCAGGAGAUCGAUGAAGUGAUAGGGCAGGGGCGGCUCCCAGAGAUGGGGGACCAGGCCCGCAUGCCCUUCACCAACGCCGUGAUUCACGAGGUGCAGCGCUUUGGGGACAUCACUCCAUUGGGUUUGCCCCACAUGACGAGCCGAGACACUGAAGUGCAGGGCUUCCGCAUCCCCAAGGGCACAACGAUCCUCGUCAACCUGUCAUCGGUGCUGAAGGAUGAGACCGUCUGGGAGAAGCCCUUCCAGUUCCACCCCGGACACUUCCUGGACGCCGAGGGCCGCUUCGUCAAGCACGAGGCCUUCCUGCCGUUCUCAGCAGGGCGCCGCGCAUGCCUCGGGGAGCCCCUGGCCCGCAUGGAGCUCUUCCUCGUCUUCACCUGCCUGCUGCAGCGCUUCAGCUUCUCGGUGCCCGAGGGGCAGCCCCGGCCCAGGGACUGUGCACCUUUUGCUGUCCUGGUGACCCCAUCUCCCUACCAGCUGUGUGCUCUGCACCGCUAAGGGGGACACCACAUCCCCA